AUGUCUUCCUCCUCUUCAAAAGCUUGUUCGGCGGCUUUGAAGCUUGACAUGAAUAAAGCCUAUAAUAGAGUAAACUGGGAUUUUUUAUGGGAGGUUCUUCGUCGUUUUGGUUUCCCUCCGUAUUGGGUUCAUAUUUUGAAACAGUGUGUUUCUACAGUUUCCUACCAAAUUCUGGUUAAUGGCUCUCCUUCUACGGUAUUUCGCCCUAAGUGUGGCCUUCGCCAGGGUGAUCCGUUAUCUCCAUAUUUAUUUGUGUUGUGUAUGGAGAUUUUUUCCUUGAUGUUGAGACGGGAUGAACAACAAGGUCUUUUCCAAGGUUUGAAAAUUUCUCGUCGCUCUCCUUCGGUUUCUCACUUGUUCUUUGCUGACGAUGCUUUAUUUUUCUUUCGUGUUUCGUCGUCGGCUUGUGAUCAUAUUUUGUUUGUUACGAAGGAGUUUUGUCCUGUUUCUGGUCAGAUGGUGAAUUUACAGAAGUCCUUUAUUAGAUUUAGUGCUAAUAAUCCUUCUGAUUAUCGGGAUUUUUUGGCCGAUUCUUUGCGUUUGGACGCAAAAUCUUCAAUAGGAAGUUAUUUAGGGCUCCCGGUUGAUUUAGGUCGGAGUAAGUGUAAAGACUUCCAGUUUUUGAUAGAUAAAGUCGUUCAACGACUUUCGUGCUAUGCUUCUCUUAAUCUGUCGUCUGCGGCUAAGUUGGUGGUCAUUAAUUCGGUCUUGGUGGCUGCUUUUACUCAUGUUUUGUCUGUUUUUAAGAUUCCAGAUACAAUUUGUGAUCGUCUGGAUUUGUUGUUAACUCGGUUUUGGUGGAAGGCAAGUUCAGAUGCUAAGGGUCUUUCUUUGGCCUCUUCGACAGGUUUGCAUACCCCUAAAGGUUUAGGGGGUUUGGGUAUUCGUCACCUGAGGUCCUUCAACAUAGCUUUGUUGGCCAAGAAAUCGUGGCGUCUUAUGAGGCAGCCUCAUCUCUUGGCCUCUCGUGUGCUUAAGACUAAGCAUUCGGGUUUGUUUUCUCAUCCGCCAUCAAUUUCUGGGUCUAGGCCAUCUGGGGUUGUGUUUAAAGAUACCGUUCCUGUUGAGAACCAUCGUGAAUUGGUAUCUGAGUUGUUGUUGUCUGAUUCGAUGGUUUGGAAUGCAUCUCUAAUUCGUCUCUUAUUCCCUCCUUCAAUUGCUUCUUCUAUUCUAGGUCUGGAUCUUCCUAAAGAACGAAUUGAUGAUUUUGUGUAUAGGAAGUAUACGAAGGAUGGUAUUUUCUCCACUAAGUCAGCCUACUCAACUUUGGUUUCUCAGCAUUUCAUUCUAGAUCCUGGUGGAAGACCCGUAGGUUGUUGGAAACAGCUUUGGGGAUCUCCUUUAUUUCCCAAAUGGAAGAUGUUUGCGUUGAAAUUAAUUCGCCAUGCUCUGCCUACAACUGACAUCCUUGCCCUUAAGGGUAUUCCCGUUGACCCUACCUGUGUUUUCUGUCGGGACACAUAUGAGUUUAUUGCUCAUUUGUUCCGUGACUGUCGGGUGACUCAAUGGCUGUGGGAGGAAUUUCCUUUACCUUCUCUUCCUUCCUCAUUGCCAGCCCAUUGGUCGGUUUGGUUUAUGGAUUUUGUUUCUGAGUUUCUUCGUGGGAAGGAUUGGGACAAUUUAGAUAGAGUGUUUGCUAUGUUAUGGGCUAUUUGGUUGACUAGGACUAGUGUGCGUUUUCGAUCUGCAGUUUUUUCUCCACCUGCUAUUCUUGAUUUGGCCUACACCUGGUUUGAAAGAAGGGUAGGAUGGUCUGUUUUGCCUUCUUCUGCUGUUCCCCAGGUGACUGGGGGGGCUCGUGUCUGUAUGACUAAUUCGGCUCUUCAAGCUGAACUUUUGGCCUGUUUAUUUGCGUUGAAACAUGUUUUGCGUCAUGAUGUUUCUCGUGUUUUGCUUCUGACGGACUGUUCAGUUAUUCCGCACUUACUUUUGGAUUCUGGGCCUACGGAUAUCACUGUGGCUUGGAUUGUUAAAGAUAUUAAAAGCCUUCUUCGUUCCUUUAUGGACACUAUAGAAAACUUCGAUAUUAAUGUCAUCAAUUUCGAUCUGAAUGAAGCUGUUGAAGAUGAAGAACAAGCUAUUAUUGAAGCUGAGGAUGAUAAUGAAGUUCAUGACGAAAAUCAAUCUCUAAUGAAGCCUCAGGGUGCAAGUAAUAACGAUGAGAUUAGUAGUUGGUUAGUAGGAGAAACUCGAGCAACACUUGCGGAAAUACAUGAAUUGUAUUGUCAACAUGCUGCUGCAGAUGGUUUUAGUGUUAGAAAAGAAAAACAAACAAGCAAAAUUGGAACUAAAGAUAUCAUCACCAAAAAGUUCUUUGUAUGUUCUGCAGCAGGAUUAAGAAAUUCUGGUAAAAAGAAGGAAAAAAUUGCAGAAGAACUCUUGACAGAGGAAACAAAAUUGAAUGAGGAAGGGCAAUUUGAGAUAGUUCAGCAUGUGUUGGUGCACAAUCAUCCACUCACUAGACCACAAUGGAACCAUUUCCACCGUUCAGAGCGUGCAAUGACUGGAAUUAAAGGGCAAGUAAUUGAGGCCAUGCAAGAAUCUGGACUAAGACCUAUGGAAUCCUUUAAUUACAUGUCAAAUGAAGCUGGUGGAUAA